ACUACCUUUUCAAGUAUAUUAAAAUAAAAAAUGAUAUAAUAAUGACGGUCUCAUCAGUCACGCUCUCGAAAUUAAAUUCUUAUGAAAAUAACGCUCUCACGCUCUCGCUCCACGAACUGGUUACCUAACGCCGGCCAACUCUUCUCCGAUUUGGAGUCAAUCUCGCCUGCGGUCUCUACAAUUUGGGAAAAAAUCCAAAAGUACCACUGUUUUAAAAAAAAUUCAAAAAUACCACCCAAUCACAAAAAAUUCCAAAAAUACCACCUUUUUCAAAAACCGCCACCCCACCCUGCGGUUUGCACGAAAACCACUGGGCGGGGUGCAGUUUUCUAUGCAAACCGCUGGGCUAAGGGUCGGUUAUAAAAACCUGACCAAACCGCUUGGUGGGGCGGCGGUUUUGGGCCAAAACUCCACCCCACCCAGCGGUUUGGUUCAAAUUUUUUUUUUUCCGAUCAACUCCUAAAUUCGGCCGAAACUUCAAACGAACGUAACUUUGCACUCGGGUAUCCGAUCGUAGCGAAUUUUUUUUUUAAUCCGAAUAACUUUUCGAGAUCUUGCAAGCCGCAAACGCCGUAGGCAAUUUGGUUCCGCCUUCGUCUCGAAAAAACAUCAUUUGCUACCCCGAACGAGCCUUUUUUUAUUUCGUCAAAUUUUGGACGACCUUAACUUUGUGCUCCAAAAUCUGAACGUCAUGAAUUUUUUUUUAUUUCGCAUAACUUUCCAAGAUCUACAACUUUUACAACUUUUUUUUAUCCCUCCUUCCCUCUGGGACGUGAUGUCCGUUUCUUUCUGUUGGAUAGAACGUGAUAAGAGGAGUGGCACUGCCGUAUAAACAGGCAUCUAAGCUUGCAAGCAACUCGGAAUCGGAUGACAAACUUCCCAUAAAAAGAUAUGUAGGGCAUUGUUCCCACUUUGCAAGUUUCACCCGCAGUCCACCUUCACACUUGCGUAGAGAAUAAUUGACUGACCAUUUUGUUAAACUCUAAAGUUAAAGGGACCAUUUUGGAUAAUUGCCCCUUUACUAUAGACUGGAGAGUGGUGCCGCGCGUGUGGGAAGCAGUUCUGUUCUGUCUUCUGUGGGUUUACGUUGAUCAGAGCCAUCUUAAAGUUAAAGCUUGCCGCCAUUCUGAUACAGGUGCUGUUAGAGGAAUCUGUAACGAGCUUACUUCGGCAUUAGUUAUAACGUUGAAGUAACUCAGAAUUAGAAACGGCUAGCUGUUUCCGUUCAUCGAACCGCCGGUGUGAUGUUAAUUCCGUCAUUCCCAUGUUAGCUGGCUCGGGAGUUCGGUAUAGAGGUUAGUAUUUCCAUACCUGGGAUAUAUUCGAAAAUCUAUUAAUUUCUACGAGGUGAACUGGUUGCCUCAGUCGAAAUAUCGGUGAAUACCAUGUUGUUGAACUCACGGUUCCGAUUGAUUUCCCUACUCGUUUGCUUGAAGGAAGUUCCUGCUUUGAAUUUUAGCUCACCAAGUGUUCGAUAGAAUGUCUGUCAGAGCAAGGAGUGCUGCGUAGAUGCAUUCGCAGUCUGCCUACGGUACCUUCUUCUUCUUUCUGAUAACGGUUGCAUUAUGCUGGUGGAAAUAAAUGGUCAGGGUGCUUGCUGUUUUGUUGUGAAUGAAAGUAUUUGAUCGAAAAGCCAUGGUCUUUGUGUAUUCCCCUUGUAUUUGAACUUUGUUGAUUUUGCGUGCUGUGUCUGUGAUAGCUCUGAUUGACCCUUGUACCAUUUUGCAGUUCACCAUCUUCGGUCGAGAUUGUGGUAGACUUGCUUUGCUACUGGGUCGUUGUGGAGCACUCUCCUAUUGAUUCUUCGUUGACUUCCGUAUCUUCAUCAAAAGCUGCAUGAUACCCAUGAUGAUCAAAUCUAUUCGCAGACGACCACUUGCAGCAUAUAUCACUUUAAGAUCGAAAACCACCGCCACACAGUAUGUAGAAUCGAGAGCCAGGGACGCUGUGUUCGAGAAAUUCAUGGACAAGUACAAAAACCUCCUGAAAGUCAUUGCCAUCCAAGACCUUAUUCUUUCAAACCCCACUAGAACCCCACCUUCUGUUUCCCUUGAUUUCCUCAACAGACUCUCCCAGAAGCUACACCUUAAUAGAGGCGCAGCCUCUUUCCUCCGUAGAUACCCUCACAUUUUCCACAUUUACUAUGAAACAACGGUCUCCCAACCUUUUGUCAGACUAACUGAUGCUGCUACACAGAUUUGUUUCGAAGAAGCAGAGGCAAUUACAGCAACAUUGCCAGCUGUUGUUGACCGGUUGGUUCGGCUUUUAUGCAUGUCAAAGUCCAAAUCCUUGCCACUCCGUGCCAUCUUCAAGGUUUGGAAGGAGCUCGGGCUUCCGGAUGAUUUUGAGGAUUCGGUAAUAUCUCAAAACCCACAUAUUUUCAGUCUCCAUGAUGCCCAUGAACCUCACACACACAUCUUGAAGUUGGUGGAUGAAUUCCCCUUGUGUCAUCUUAGGCCUGCAGUUGAUGACUGGAGGGUCACAGCCACUGAGUGUGGUAAAAAGAAAUGUGAAGCGCAUGAUACUGCUGAAAUGCAGUAUUGCUUCAAGCAUCAAUACCCACCUGGAAUGCGCCUGAGCAAGAAUUUCAGGGCUAAGGUGAAGGAAUGGCAGAGUCUGCCUUAUAUGGGUCCUUAUGAAGAGCUGAGGGAGAUGAAGCCAUCUAAGGUGGGGAUGAGAAGACUUGAGAAAAGAGCAGUUGCUAUUGCCCACGAGUUCUUGAGUUUGACAGUUGAGAAGACGGUAGAAGUUGAGAAGAUCAGCCAUUUCAGGAAGUGGUUUGAGAUUGAGUUGAACAUGCGAGACUUGUUCUUGGAUCAUCCAGGGAUUUUUUACUUGUCUACAAAGGGCAAGAGACAUACAGUAUUCCUUAGGGAAGCUUAUGAGAGGGGUCGAUUGAUUAACCCUAAUCCUGUGUACAAUGUAAGACGAAAGCUUUUAGACCUUGUUGUUAUGGGACGUCAUCAAUUUCCUUGCAAUAAUUGAGGCCAUGGGAGGUUUGGUUAGCUGGAAGAAAAAACUAUGGUCCAAACCGUCCUUCCCUUAUUAAGGUCUAGGAUUUCAGACCUAUUCUUAUUAGAUCUUGAAAUGAAACUGGAAACUUGGUGGAUUCAGGCAACCUAAAAGAGCAAGUGGCUGUAACGUCCAGGCAACCAGUCCAUGAGUCUGGGUAUGCGACGUGGUGUCAUCAUCAGUUAUCCUCCUCAGGCUCCUGUGUGAUUUCUUUUCUUGUUGCUUCUACGUUACCAAUUUUUGAAACCUGGAACAUGAGUUUGAGAUUGUUUUCUAUCUUCCAAACUAGGGAGAGGUACUGCCCCAGUUCGUUUGGAUUGCUUGAUUCCAUCUCCAGGUUUUCUGCAAAGAAACAGGAUUAGAACUUUAACAAUGGGUUUCUAGGAUGAUGCAAGGCUUCUUGGUGGAAGAGCAGAACAGUGUGAAGCAAGUGUUGGAAGAUUCAGAAGGCAAAGGAAAAGAGCAGAUGGCUCAAGGAGUUAGACAACUAGUAGAUAAAAGACUGUUAGGAAGUAGUCGUUGCCCUUUGAGCUGUGGAAAGACGGAUACAAUUUGUGUAAUAAUAUUGUUGCAUGUUUUCUUUUCAUGGAAAUGGAAAUACUUGGUUGACAGCUCUUCUUAGUUCGGUAGUUGUAUGUAGAAACCAUAUCAUUAGUCAAUAUGAUUGAAUGUACAGCUCAAAAUCGUUCCACAAUAAGAAAUGAACAGAGUUUUCAGAGUCAAAUAAAUUGAAGUUGAACACCAUCACUGAAAUUAGUAAUUCAGCCCUUGAAAUGUACAGCUCAAAAUCGUUCCACAAUAAGAAAUGAACAGAAUUUUCACGGUCAAAUAAAUUGAAGUUGAACACCAUCACUGAAAUUAGUAAUUCAGCCCUUGAAAUCUCCAGGCCAUUUGGAUCUUCUUGAUAAAAUUGCACGAUAAAAUUGCACAAAAAAUAAUUUGUAUCAUUAGUUUAAAUGAUCGAAUGUACAGCUCAAAAUUGUUCCACAACAAGAAAUGAAUAGAGUUUUCACAGUCGAAUAAAUUGAAGUUGAACACCAUCACUGAAAUUAGUAAUUCAGCCCUUGAAAUGUACAACUCAAAAUCGUUCCACAAUAAGAAAUGAACAGAAUUUUCACAGUGAAAUAAAUUGAAGUUGAACACCAUCACUAAAAUUAGUAAUUCAGCCCUUGAAAUCUCCAGGCGAUUUGGAUCUUCUUGAUAAAAUUGCACGAUAAAAUUGCACAAAAGAUAAUUUGUCAGGAGUGGGAUUUGGUUUGGUUAAUGUGGAUAAUUGGUUUGGUUUGGUUAAAUUUUUUAGCUUGUUUGGUUUAGGUGGUUUGGUUUGGUUUCAGACACUCCUAACCAAUCAAACCAAAUUAACCAGGUAAGCAGUUUUCCAUAUAUCUUAUAUAUAUUGUAUACACAUAGUUAAUACUUGGCAUAUAAACUGAUAAACACUCAAGAGUCAUACAUUCCUUCCUUUUAGGCUCAUCAAUAAUAAAGCUCAAUAUUGUUCAUAUAUUGUACUAGCUUUUUACCCGGCCCGUUGGCCGGUGAGUUUCAUUUUAUCAUUUAUAUUAAUCAAUUUAUCUAUAUGUUUAAACUAUUUUGGAUCUUCUACAUUUUUUACAUUUGCAUUCAUGCGUGAGUAUGCGGUGCGUCUGUAAAUUAAAAAUUCUCAAUGCUUAGCACGUUCACUUAUGAUGUUUCAAUUCUCUGAUCAUAAAUCAUGUCACGAAGAUAUAUCAUGAUACUCAAAUGCGUGAGUAUGUGGUGCGUCUAUAAAUUAAAACAACGAUACUCAACAAAUUUUAUCUUAUACAAUAUAUGUCAUUCAAUGAAUCUCGAGUUUGGACAAACUCUCAACCAAUGAUGUUGCUCAGAUGACGACAACUUAGUUAGAAUGUUUUUAUAAAGGUACUUCAAUAUUAGGUAAGUUUGGUCAUCCCAAUUGAAAGUUUACUGUCUUAUUGCAAGAUCAUAUUUGUCGAUCAAAACACUCAAUUUAAUAUCUUAUACAAUAUGUACCAAUUGUUAAUUCCUGAAGUUUAAUUUAGACUCACCCUCAACUAAUGAUCGUUGUUUAGAUGUUGGUUUAGAAUCUCGGUCCAAGAUACUCACAUACUGUCGAGGGUUCUAAUCUUAACAUGGUCCAUUAGUGUAUAAUUUUCUAACUUAUCAAAUAUGCAUUUGCUUAAACUUAUACUAAUAUCUUCAUUUUGUUGGUGUAAUGCCACAUCUAUUGUCAAUAUCUAAGCAUGAUACUAUACUCUAAGUAAGAACACGCUAUCUGGACCACGAAUUAACCGGAUUUGUGGGCAUGAUACUAUACCCUAAUCCUUGAUGAGUGAACCCUAUGUCUUAGUUAUCUAAAUCAUAGAGCUUAACCCCUAAGAUUUUGCAUGUAAUUUGUUGCAUAUAUUUUGACGAAGCAUGACCGUUGAUUUUUGUUUAGAAUUAAAUUGAUCUUAGGGUAUGAGAUUUAUAAAUUUAAGACCUAGAUUUUAAUCUUGAAGGGUUUGAGAAUAAUACCAUAUGCCAAACUCCAGUCAAUUCAAGGUCUUGAUAUCAUUUUCUUACUCAAAGUAUGUCAUAAUAUACAUAUAUAAAUAUAAAGAGUUUAAUGUAUUUUUAAUUGUAAUUAACACCUUUGUUUGACCGAAAUAUGUAAACUAUUAAGAAAAAUAAGGGGAAAUAUGAACAAAUGUAAGAGAAAAUAAGGUAUGGAAGCAUGCAUUAUAAGAGUUCCGAAAAGUUGUUUUUCUUUAUCGCCUUCAUUUGUACAAUCAUGUACUAUAUUAUGACUUCGUCAAGUUUCUAUCUAAAUGAAAAACAACUUUUGAAGCAUUUUGCUUUUUAAUACUUGUUUUCAUUAAUAGAUACAAACAUUAGAAAAAGAUAGUGUUUGAUAACCAAAACAUAAAAUUAUAUAGUUGGUUUUUCAAAUUCAAUUGAUUAAUAAAUGUUGAUUAUCUAAACUUCACUGUAUUAAGUUCUAAUAAAAAUUAAAAUUAAUUGAUCAGAUUUAAUCAAAUAUAUUUGUUAAAAGAUUACAAUAUAUGUCACUCUCCAAACAUACGUAUACUGCUGCUAUACAUAUAUAUUGCAAAAAACAAUUAUUGAAUAAAAAAUAUAUAUUAAAAGAAGAUAUAGAUAGCUACAUAAAUGAUCAUUAAAAUAAAAAGAAAAUAUUAAAAGAAGAUAGAUAUAGAUACAUUAAUUGAUCAUUAACUAACUUUUUUUGUUGUAAAAAAAGUGUACACCAUGGCACCUUGUAAAUUCUCCAAAUGCUUAUGUGGUAACAAACUACUUUUGAAUUG